UUCCUGGUGACACUCGGCACAGCCUGUAGUCUGCGUGUAGUGCAGGCAGCUCCCUUCGGUCAAGGACCAGAGACCCCUGCUGCUGAGCGGAGAGUCUCAGCUGAAGAACUGGGGAGGCGCCCGGCAAAGCCAUGGUGUUUCGGUGGGAAUGUGAGAGCCCUCGGAGGGGCUUGUGGAAUGUCUUCAAGCUGUGGGUCUGGAUGGUGCUGUCUUGCGAUUUCAUGCAGCGUCUUGGGACCCACUGCUGGACUUACCAUUAUUCUGAAACGACCAUGAACUGGGCAAAUGCUAGAGUGUUCUGCCAGAAAUAUUACACAGAUUUAAUUGCCAUACAAAACAAGCAGGAAAUUGAGUACCUGGGGGAUACGCUUCCCUUCAGACCUACUUACUACUGGAUAGGAAUACGGAAGAUACACGGGGUAUGGACUUGGGUGGGAACCAACAAGUCUCUCACUGAAGAAGCAGAGAACUGGGGAGAUGGGGAGCCCAACAACAAGAAAUCCAAGGAGGACUGUGUGGAGAUCUAUAUCAAGAGGUCCAAAGACAAAGGGAAGUGGAAUGAUGAUGCCUGCCACAAGGCAAAGACAGCCCUCUGUUAUACAGCUUCUUGCCAGCCCUGGUCAUGCAGCGGCCACGGAGAAUGUGUGGAAAUCAUCAAUAAUUACACCUGCAACUGUGAUGUGGGGUACUAUGGGCCCCAGUGUCAGUUUGUGGUUCAGUGUAAGCCGUUGGAGGCUCCAGAGCUGGGUAUCAUGGCCUGUACUCACCCUUUAGGAGACUUCAGCUUCAGCUCACAGUGUAUCUUCAAUUGCUCUGAGGGAACAAACUUAAUUGGGAUUGAAGAAACUACUUGUGGAGCAUUUGGAAACUGGUCAUCUCUGGAACCAUCCUGUCAAGUGAUUCAGUGUGAGCCGCUAGCAGCACCUGACUUGGGGACCAUGAACUGUAGUCACACCCUGGCCACCUUCAGCUUUACCUCCACAUGCACCUUCAGCUGCUCAGAGGGAACUGAGUUGAUCGGGGAGAAAGAAACUAUUUGUGGAUCAUCUGGAAUCUGGUCCAGCCCUAGUCCAAUAUGUCAGAAAUUAGAUAGGAGUAUCUCCAAGAUCAAGGAGGGUGAUUAUAACCCUCUCUUCAUUCCGGUGGCAGUCAUGGUUACUGCAUUCUCUGGGCUGGCAUUUAUCAUUUGGCUGGCAAGAAGACUAAAAAAAGGCAAGAAGUCUCGACAAAGCAUGAAUGAUGCAUAUUAAACUACCAUCUGUGAAAGAAAAUUCCUGGGAUACUAGAGAGCCAUUGGAUCCUUCAAAUCCCCCAUGAAAAGUUUCCCAUGACAGCGUCUCCUACGUGAAGAUGAGCUACAUUUCCUUCAGUGCAUCUAGAAAGAUUUCUACUUGACCAGCAGCUCUUUCUGCUCCAUUUUACCCUCAUCACCCCUCCCUCCAGCCCACAGGUGUGGUUGUAUAUUGCUUAGUCUUUUAUUUUCUUUCCCGGGGAGAAACAAAUAAAGCCACAGGGGAAAAGAUGACUGUGAAGUAUGAAGAG